AUGGCUCAAUUGGAGGGUUUUGAGGAUCCUGCACAUCCGAAUUUUAGUUCUCAGGUUGAUCCUUCUUUGUUCACCUAUCACCAAGAUACUGUGCAUGCUUUCUUGCUGGUGUAUGUGGACGACAUCCUUGUGACCUCUAAUGAUCGGUCCUUUGUUGCUUCUCUAAUUUCCAAGUUGCAGCUCGAUUUUGUUAUGAAGGAUCUCGGUCAGUUGUCUUAUUUUCUGGGUAUUGAAGCCACAUGUGAUUCCUCAAGUUUGCACCUUCGCCAGAAAAGGUAUGUCAUUCAUCUCUUGGACCUUGUCAAGCUUCUUGGCAUUCAUCCUUAUCGUGCUCCCUACAUUUCCGGCUCCAAACUGUCUAAAUUUGAUGGUAAGGUACUUCUGGGUCCUUUAGAGUAUCGCCACACUGUGGGUGCCUUACAAUAUGUCACUCUCACCCGUCCGGAUAUAGCUUUCUCCUUGAAUAAGCUAUGCCAACACAUGCAGGCCUCGACUACUACUACUCACUGGACAACAGCCAAACGAGUAUUGCAUUAUUUGAAUAACACCCUUGAUUAUGGCCUCUUCUACACACCUGGUUCAUUUUCGAUUAAUGCCUACUGUGACUCUGACUGGGAUGGUGAUCCUGAUGAUAGAAGAUUGAUGUGUGGUUAUGGCAUCUAUGUUGGUCCCAACCUCAUCUCUUGGUCUGCGAAGAACCAACCUGUGGUCUUUGAAUCCAGUACUGAGGCCGAAUAUAGAUGUUUAGCCUUGGUUACGGCUGAGGUUUAUUGGCUGCGUAUGCGCUUAUGUGAGCUGUAA